AUCAAGAUAUUGCAAAUAAUAUUAUGCCAAAUCUUGGUUAUGAAAUUGAGGAUUUCCAAUAUUAUACAUGGCGUAUCACAAAUUGGAAAACUUUAGAAAAGAGAAUAACAGGUCCUGAAUUUUUAGCUGGAGGUUGGAAAUGGCGCAUUUUACUUUUUCCUUCUGGAAACAAAAAUUCUGAUGUUGUUUCAAUUUAUCUGGAUUUUGCUGAUUUAAAAGAAGCACCUAUUGGUUGGCAUUCCUGCGCACAAUUUGCUUUACUUUUAUGGAAUCCAGAAGACCCAACAAUAUCUGUUUCUUAUAGUUCAUCUCAUUGUUUCAGUGCUGAUGAUCCAGAUUGGGGAUUUACGCGGUUUUACUUCCAGCAAAAUUUGUUUACCCCAUCAGAGAAUCAAACUCGUUCACUAAUAGAAAAUGAUAGUUGUAAUAUUACGGCUUUUGUUCGCAUUUUAAAGGAACCAAUUGGUAUCCCAUGGCAUAAUUUUAUAAAAAAUUAUGAUUCGAAAAAAGUGACUGGAUAUGUUGGUCUAAAAAGUCAAGGUGCAACAAGUUAUAUGAAUGUUGAGUUACAAUUAUUAUACAGUCUAAAAUAUUUUUGUAAG